AUGUCCCCUCCGAAAGUGUGGAUGCAGCCAGGCUGGCAGGAAUAUCUAUCGGCACGAAACGCUGGACUGCCAUAUCUCCCAGCUGUCGCAGAACUCAGCACAGAGGUGGUGCGCAUACUCGGCGGAAACCCAGGAGACAUGCAACUACAAGGAACCAAUACAUACCUAGUUGGAAGUGGCCAGAAACGGAUUUUGAUAGAUACAGGACAAGGGUGUCCAAUCUGGCUCACCACUCUGGUCAACUAUCUUGACCAACACCAGUUGAGCAUCUCCCAGGUACUGCUGACCCACUGGCAUACCGAUCAUACCGGUGGUCUCCCGGCGCUACUAGCGCAGUAUCCACAGCUGGCCACGGCGGUCUACAAGGCCCAUCCGGACCAGAACCAACAUUCGAUUCGCAAUGGGCAGACUUUUACUGCUGAAGGAACUACGCUACGAGCGUUGUUCACGCCCGGACAUAGUCAAGACCACAUGUGCUUUGUCUUGGAGGAAAGCGGCGCCAUGUUCACAGGUGAUAAUGUGCUUGGACAUGGAAGCAGUGUUGUUGUGGAAGACCUAGGACGAUACAUGAAAAGUUUGCAAGUCAUGACCCAAAGUGCGCGCAAUGAAGAGAUAACAGUUGGAUACCCUGGGCAUGGUGCCGUGAUUGACGACCUACCAGCCAAACUCGUAGUCUGGAGCAGACACUGGGAACUACGAGAAAAGAAAGUCUUAUCGGCUUUUAUUGGGGGUAAAAACAAGACAAGGACAUCCUUGACGACGCGGGAGAUUAUCAUAUGCCUCUACGGGCUCGAGAUGGAGGCGAUGGCUGGACCGUUUAUAGCGCAGGUUCUGUCGAAACUAGCCGAUGAGGGCAAGGUUGGAUUGGCUGCCGCAGGGCAAGAGAAGAAGUGGUUUCUGCUGUAG